CCCAGCAACCCGCCCCUCGGGUGUCACGUGACAGGGCGCCAGCCGGGCUGAGCCCCUGAUUGGCCAGACUUCAGGGCGCCUUGCGAUUGGCCUGGGGCGGCGGGCCCCCGCCUCCCUCCUCCUCCUCGCCGCGGCCCACGUGAGGGGGGCGAGUCACGCGAUUUCCGGGAACCCGUCAGGAAGGACAUAAACAAAACAAACCGAGGCAGCAUGGAGAGGGGCCGCGGCCGCUGCAACGCGGCCGGACCUAGUGCCUGAACCGCUUUCAGCCUCAGAACCGCACAUUUAUUUUUUUAAAAAAGUGGUGACCCAAGCAGUUGAACUGAAGGUAUUCUGGGGAAAUCUGCUGUUUAUUGUGAAAAUCAUCUUUGAUCUUGGAAUUAAAAGUAAAGCUGGAAAGGAAUUUACAAACAAGAAAAAGAAGAAGUUUGGAAUUGGACUCACAGAAUCUGGGCUUGGAAAUGCCUCAGCCCAGCGUAAGCGGAAUGGAUCCGCCUUUUGGGGAUGCCUUUCGAAGCCACACCUUUUCAGAACAGACUCUGAUGAGCACAGAUCUCUUAGCCAACAGUUCUGAUCCAGAUUUCAUGUAUGAGCUGGAUAGAGAGAUGAAUUAUCAACAGAAUCCUAGAGACAACUUCCUUUCUUUGGAAGACUGCAAAGACAUUGAAAAUCUGGAGACUUUCACAGAUGUCCUGGACAAUGAGGAUGCUUUGACUUCAAACUGGGAACAGUGGGAUACAUACUGUGAAGACUUAACUAAGUAUACCAAACUAACCAGCUGUGACAUCUGGGGGACAAAAGAAGUGGAUUACCUGGGUCUUGAUGACUUUUCUAGCCCUUACCAAGAUGAAGAGGUCAUCAGUAAAACUCCAACCUUGGCCCAGCUCAAUAGUGAGGACUCUCAGUCUGUUUCUGAUUCCCUUUAUUAUCCUGAUUCACUCUUCAGUGUCAAACAAAACCCCUUGCCCCCCUCUUCUUUUCCUAGUAAAAAGAUCACAAGUAGAGCAGCUGCCCCUGUGUGCUCUUCAAAGAUACUUCAGGCUGAGGUCCCAUCGUCAGACUGUGUCCAAAAAGCAAGCAAACCUACUUCAAGCACACAGAUCAUGGUGAAGACCAACAUGUAUCAUAAUGAAAAAGUGAAUUUUCAUGUCGAAUGUAAAGACUAUGUAAAAAAAGCAAAAGUCAAGAUCAACCCUGUGCAACAGGGCCGGCCCUUGCUGAGCCAGGUGCACAUAGAUGCGGCAAAGGAGAACACCUGCUACUGUGGCGCUGUGGUAAAGAGGCAGGAGAAGAGGGGGGUGGAGCCUCACCAGGGUCAUGGCACUCCUGCUUUGCCUUUCAGAGAAACCCAGGAACUAUUACUUAGUCCUCUGCCCCAGCAUGGUCCUGGGUUGGUUGCCACAGCAGAGAGUGGCAGCCUUUCUGCCAGCACUUCUGUUUCAGAUUCGUCCCAGAAAAAAGAAGAGCACAAUUAUUCUCUUUUUGUCUCUGACAACAUGAGAGAACAGCCAACCAAAUACAGUCCUGAAGAUGAUGAGGAUGAUGAAGAUGAUAUUGAUGAUGAGGACCAUGAUGAAGGGUUUGGCAGUGAGCAUGAGCUUUCUGAAAAUGAAGAGGAGGAAGAAGAGGAAGAGGAUUAUGAGGAUGACAGAGAUGAUGAUAUCAGCGACACAUUCUCUGAACCAGGCUAUGAAAACGACUCUGUAGAGGACUUGAAGGAGAUGACUUCCAUAUCUUCUCGGAAGAGAGGGAAAAGAAGGUACUUCUGGGAGUAUAGUGAGCAGUUGACGCCAUCACAGCAAGAGAGGAUUCUGAGGCCAUCUGAGUGGAAUCGAGACACCUUGCCAAGUAAUAUGUACCAGAAAAAUGGCUUACAUCAUGGGAAAUACGCAGUUAAGAAGUCACGGAGAACUGAUGUGGAAGACCUGACUCCAAAUCCUAAAAAACUACUCCAGAUUGGUAAUGAACUACGGAAACUGAAUAAGGUGAUCAGUGACCUGACUCCAGUUAGUGAGCUUCCCUUAACAGCGAGGCCAAGGUCAAGGAAAGAAAAAAAUAAGCUGGCUUCCAGAGCUUGUAGGCUGAAGAAGAAAGCCCAGUAUGAAGCCAAUAAAGUGAAGCUCUGGGGCCUCAACACUGAAUAUGACAAUUUAUUAUUUGUAAUCAACUCCAUCAAGCAAGACAUUGUAAACCGAGUUCAGAAUCCAAGAGAGGAGAGAGGACCCAGCAUGGGGCAGAAGCUUGAAAUCCUCAUUAAAGACACACUCGUAUUCUUGUGUCAUGUUGUGGGGUAUGAGUGUAUAUGUCCCUGUGUAUGUGCCCUGGGCAUGGAAGUCACAUACACUUGGCAAGAAUACUACCACUGGAUGUAAUGUAUGAGAAGAGAAGGAGGAGGAGGAGCAGGAGGAAGGAGGAGGAGGAAGAACAUGAGGAAGAAGGAAGAGGAGGAAGAAGAAGGAUAAGGAGUGUGAAGGAGGAGAAGAAAAGAAGGAGGAGGAAGAAAGAAGAAGGAGGAAGAAGAAGAAGAGGAGGAGGAGGAGGAGGAGGAGGAGGAGGAGGAGGAGGAGGAGGAACAAGAACAGAGAAUGUUACCAUUGAGUCAUAGCCUCACCUCCUCUUGUUUCCAUUUAUUUAUUUUUUAAUUAAAGGAAUUUUCCUUUUAUUUUCUGUGUUCUAUGUUUACCAGGUUAGAGGACAACUUGGAGGAGUGGUUGUUUCCCACCAUGUGGGUCCUGGGGAUCAGACUCAGGUUGUCAGGCUUUGCAGCAACCUUUACCCCCUGAACCAUAUUUCCAGUUCCCUUCCAUUUUUGAGGGUCUUUCUAUAUAGUUCAGGCUGACUUCAAACUUAACCAAUCCUGGUCUUAGCUUACUUUCUUCAUUUAUUUAUUUUUAUAGUUACACAUUUUCAUGUGUAGGAGUGUGUCCCAUGUCAUAACAUGAGUGUGGAGGUCAGAGGACAACUUGCACCAUCUAUGCAAGUUCCAUAGAUAGAACUCUGGUUAUCAGGCUUGGUGGCAAAUGCCUUUAUACACUGAGCUGUCUUACCUGUCUUCUUUCAUUUAUGGACAUUUUCUUUAAUAUAGUUUAGUUUAUUUUGAAAUAAUAAUGGGUUAGGGCAUUCAUGAUCCAGUCUUUAUUCAUCCUUCCAUUGCUCGUAGAUAAGAUUUUAUUCUCUUUUUUCUUUAAACAACUUUUACAUGGUAUUUUAGGGGUGAAUAUUGGAGUUCUGAGGGCACCUGCUGAUGUUGCUAGAUUCUUAGGUCCCCUGAACAGAAAUUUGAUCAGAAGAAAAGCUUUUGAAGGAGAAAGGCACUUGUAAGGAUAGACAUGGCUUGUUGUGAGUCAUUUAUGUAGUGCCCACUGUGUGCCACAUUUAUAUGCAGUGAGGUUUUCUCUCACAUGCUUGUCCCACACAUGGAGCCUUUGGGAGAAUGGUGAUGGGGGUGUUGUUCCAAUCUUCUUUUAUGUCAGUUUUUCUUUCCUAUGGUAAUCUUUUUUUAAAAGGUUUAUCUUUAUGUGUAUGAGUGUUUUACUUGCAUAUACGUAUGCAUGCCACAUAGGUACCUGGUGCCAUUAGGGGUCAGAAGGCCUUGGGGCUCCUGGAACUGGGGUAGUUGUCAACUGCCUUGUGGUGCUUGUGGAAGGUCUAAGUCUGGGUCGUCUAAAAAGAGAUCAGACAAUGUUAACUUCUGAGCUCUCUCCAGCUGCUCAUAUGCUAAUGUUGGUGCCUGCUGUCCUGACAGUGUUCUGGUGGCUCCAUUUUUUUUCUUGUAAUUUUUUAUUUAAAAAAUUAAUUAGCAAAAAUAAUAUAUUAGGUUUUGUUAGGACAUUUUCAAACAAAUUUAUUCUUGUUCAUUCUCCUCCUCUGUUCUUUUCCAUCCCCUUCUAUCCACUGCUUAUGGUCACUUUUUCAUUUCCUGGUGUCCUCCCCGACUCUUAACCCUUCUUUAGUUUCAUAUCCCCACACUCCCCACUCACAUUCAUACUUAUAGACAUAACUUAGGAUUGACAUGAGGCCAUGAGAUGUCCUUCUGAGUCACUUUGUUAACAAAAUGCUUAGUAAAUUCAUUCAUUUUCCUGAGGCUGUCAUGAUUGCAGCUUUCUUUACAAGUGGAAUUUACAAAAUUUCAUUGUGUACUUAGAACCCUUUUCAUUAUCCAUUUGCCUUGGCUCAGAUUAGCUUUUCUAGCCUCAAGAAGUCCUCUCUUUUCCGUUAAUAACAGCUUAUUUCUACAGUUUUUCGUUCUGCUUUAUCUGGUCCAUCUCGUUUUUUUAUACAUCUACCUUUCUUGUCAGUUUCAUUUCCAGUCCUACUAUAAGAACUGUGGAACUUCCAGCUCUUCUCUCUUCUCCUGGCAGAGUUCUGACCAGACAAGGUUUUUAAAUUUCUUUGCAUCUUUCUGAAGUUUCUCUCACUAGCCUUACACUUACUCCUCCCUGAUUGAACAAAAUCCCUAUGGUUUCAUACACAGACCUUGUUGACUUCAGUUUCUAGGGAAUUCCCUGUUUAACUGCUUUAGACAUUUUGUUGUCAAGUCAGUUGUUUUCUUCUGUAUAGGCUGUUAGUGUUGACAUCAUGUGGGUCUUGCAGAUAAGGGUACCUCGUUCACAGCUUGAAAGUUAGGGAUGCAGGAGAGUCCAGAUCUCAUGGAGAUUCCUUUUCACUUGUUGAUUUCUCCCAGGUGUGAUGCUGGAUGUCCAUAAUUCUAGCACUUGGGAGGCUAAGUCGGGAAAAGCCCAAUUUUGAGUGAACUAAAGGGAGAUCUCUUCUCAAAGAGAGAAAAGAAAGAGUUGAUGGAGGUGUGUUCCAGGGGCGGGGGAGGGGGCCAGGGCUUCCAACUCCUGAGCCAAAGUGGUCCUUGUUACUUCGCCUUCUGGGCCGCUGGGACUAUAGACUCAAACACCACUGAGCUCAGCUUUCCAGGGAUAGAAUUUUUGUGGAGUUUGUUUUAUUUUGUUGCUUUGGGGACAGGAUCUUGCUAUGUACCCAUGGAAGGCAUGGAUUUUAGGUGACAUCUUGUUUGUCUACUUGUUGUUUUAGGUGGAGAAACAAAAUCCAUCUCUGUCACCACAGAUUUGAUGACAUAUUCCCAGACAUCACAAUUACUUGAAUUCAUGUCAUGACCAUCCUGGCCAAUACAAAGAAACACUCAUCCUAAACACUUUAAAUUAAUGAAAGAAUGCCUGACUAAUAUCAUCCCCCCAGUCUCUGUCAGGUUAAAAACAUUGGGGUUUCUUUGUAUUACUGGUUUGCUAGAACAUUUGGAGCAACUGUUUAGCUAAUGCGUGUGAGAAAUUUUCUUCUGGAAAUCUUGUCUCUUUUAUGGAAAGCUGUACAUUGCAAAUUUGUUGAGUCUGCUGAAUAUUUAAAUAGUUCUAGAAAAUCCUACUUCUUCCAGAUCCUUAAAUUUACUAAAAUUGUGAAAAAGUAGUAUUUGUUUAGUUUUCUCUCUGCCCAUGGUAGCUGUAUUUGAGAGGGGUGGAUGGGGAGGGAGAGAGAGAGAGAGAGAGGUGUAUGAGUGUGUGUGUGUUUUGUGCUUUGCUGUUCUUUAUUUCUUGGAUCAAUUACUUAUAGAUAGUGGUGUGCAUUUUUCUUGGAGAGACAUGAACUAACAUGUCUGAGGCUAGAUGAACACCAAUAACAGAACAAAGCAAUGAUCUCUCACAAGUCCACCUUGGGUAAACCAGUACACAUGAUUGGCUUAGAGACCAUGAAUAAGGAGUUGCUUGCAGGAACAUCUGUUAGCUCUAGACAGCUGUUAUCAUCACAGAGUCCCAGACUAUCAAUAGUGUUGACCUCCUGGCACCUGCAUCAUAGGGUCAGAGGUAGAGGCAAGAUGAUGGUUCAAGGUCAUCCUGAGCUACAUCAAGAGUUCUAGGCAACCUAUGCUACACAAGACCCUUUCUGGAAAAAAAAAAAAGGUAAAAUAAAAUUCCCCAAAAGAUAGAACAUUAUUUUUUAUCUUUUAGUCAUGUUAUUUGUUGAGGUUUUUUUUUUAACUACCAAAUAUAUAAUUGCAAUUUUAGGUAUUUUGUGGGCAUCUGAAAAGAUGCUGUCACAGUUCCCAUGUAUGUUUUGUUGACUGUGAAAUUCUUAAGUCACCUUUUUCUUUUAUGCUGUCUUCCUCUUUGCCUAUAGGUCCAUAUGUUCUUUUUUUUUUUUCUUUUUCUUUUUUCUUUUUUUCGGAGCUGGGGACCGAACCCAGGGCCUUGCGCUUGCUAGGCAUGCACUCUACCACUGAGCUAAAUCCCUAACCCCGGUCCAUAUGUUCUUAACAGAACUGAGAAAGCCUCUAACAAAUAUGUUUUGAGUUUUACCUCCUAUUUUGUUUUGAAAUGCUUAAUGUUUGAAUAGGAGUUAGUACUACUAGAUCUUCAUUAUGUAUUAAGAUUUGAAUCCUACAGUGGAAGAGGAGAAGGAAAUGGAGCACAGUAUAUGUCUGUAUUUCAUUGCCCUCAUUUCACCAAUGGCUGAUACUUCUUUCUGUUCAUGUGUACAUGUGUAUUUGUGGGGAAUAUUUGGAGCUAACUUGUAAUAUUGUGAUUCUUAAUUUCCUCUUUCAGCAUGUAUCUCUUAAAACAACAACAAAAAACAUGGUUUUGUUUUUAAAACUGAGUCACUCUUAUGUAGCCUGGCUGUCCUGGAACUCGCUAUGUAGAUCAGGCUGGCCUCAAACUCACAGGUGCUGGAAUUAAUUGUGGGCACCACUUCAUCCAGCAAGUGUGUUGUCUUAGCCACAGUACCAGAUUUAUAUCUACUCCUAUGAGUACUGAAGUGAUCUCCAAUAUCAAGCCCGAGCUUCUGCCUGCUCAGCGCUCUCUCGCUCUCUCGCUCUCUCUCUCUCUCUCUCCCUCCCUCCCUCCCUCCCUCCCUCCCUCCCUCCACUCCCUCCUUCUUGUGUUAUUGUGUGUGUCUAUUCUAUUUGAGAAUGAUUCAUUGUAUUUAAUUACAUCUCUUUUGCCCCUGUUAUUUCUCAGUCCCCUCCCCUGUUUUUUAAACGAAAAUUCUAAGUAAUUGAUCCUCUGAGUGCCCCGACAUUUGGAUUUACCUGUUUCUUCAUGUAAAGUGGGGUGAUUUUUCUGUCUGUAUGUGUGCAGGUACACACAUACGCACGGUGUACAUGCAUAUAUUGUGGGGGCCUGUGUGGAGGUCAGAGGUCAGCCUUAGAAUUCUUUCCUCAGAAGUCAUCCACCAAGAUUUUAGGCUGAGCUGGAUGGCCGACAAGCCCCAGGGAUCCUCCUGUUUCCAACUCUGCUGCUCUGGGAUAUACAAACACAUACACCAAACCCAGCUUUUUACGUGCUGUCGUCUAGCUCAGGUUCUUCUGCUUGGGGAGCAAGGGAGUCACUGAUUGGGCCUAAGAUAGAGUUAAGUUUAUGGGCAAGAAUAGAUCUCUCAUGUUCAAUUAACCAAGAGUGUAGUGUAAGUUCGUUGUAUUAGUGGUCAUCCUGAGCUUGACUGAAUAGUUAAGGUAGCAUUGAUAUCUUUAUGAUUUGUUCUAUGUCUUUUAGUCAGUGACUAAUGUUUUCUGUUUCCACUCUUUUUUCUUUUUCUUAUGUGUCACUAUUUCCCCAUUUCACCCUCAGACAAGCUCAGCCUAGCUUUGAACUCACCAUCUUCCUUAACCACUUGAGUGCUGAGAUUACUUGUGCUAUCCUGCCUAGUUUUAUUUUCUUUAAUACUUAAAAAAAAUCUUAUACCUCUAACAUUCCUAUACCUGUGCUAUUUAAGGACUUACAUUAAAUAUUUUCCUGGCCUUCCAAAAUGAAGAUGAGGAAGUCAGCAUAUUGUGCUGUUCCUAUUUUCUCUUCUUUGUCUAGUCUACCUUUUCUUACUCAUUUUUAUUUAAAAUAAAGAGAACUUACAUUGUAUAUAGUAAUUUUAAAAAUUGUCAGGUGUAUCUUUUGUGCUUAUAGUUGUAGUUGUGUGUGUGUAUAUAAUACAGAACACAGUGAAGUCCAGACAGUUGAAGGAAACAGGUAGCAAACUCAUGGGCUUAAGAAACAACCUCCUGGGGCUGGGGAUUUAGCUCAGUGGUAGAGCGCUUACCUAGGAAGCGCAGCAACCGCAAGGCCCUGGGUUUGGUCCCCAGCUCCGAAAAAAAGAAAAAAAGAAAAAAAAAAAGAAAAGAAAAGAAACAACCUUCCAGUGGGCUCAGGUUGGCUUUGUGGAUGGCUACUUGUCAUUUACCACAUUAAAGUGCUUCAUGACUCUUGGCGUGGGUCUCCUUGGGAGAAAAGUCUGCCAUAGGAUGGUUUUCUGGGCUGCAGUAGCAAGUAGUGGAGCCUUUGUUUGGGGGCCAGUGUCGGGUUUCAGACUUCUUCCCUUUCCUUUAUGCCUUCUCCAUAUUUGUGUCUUAAAGUGUGCCUUUUAUUCU